AUAUUAUCAUAACAGAAGUACAGCUAUCCUAGUUGACGUAGAGUUGUAAAAAAGAUAUCUAUAACCUAUAACUCGUAACUUGUCAUUUCGCCAAUAUUAUUAUAGUAUUAAUGAAACUUUAUAAGUUGGAGCUGUUAGAAGUUUCGAGCCAUUAGUAUUUAUAAAUUCUUUUGCAUAAUAAUAACAUGUUUGAUAAUAAAAUUAAUGGAACGUUAAAAGUAAAUUUUACAAAUUACUAGUUAUCUAGUUACGCUGUUUAAGUUUAUAAGAUUAUGAAAAAGAAAUCUAUAACGUACUACUUCUAACCUGUCAAUUUACUGAUGUUAUAAAUUGAUAAGUUAUUGCGUAAGAAGAUCCAAGUCGAAUAAGCAUAGAUAAAAAUUCAAAAAAUUUGAUGGAUCAUCUAGUAGAUUAAAAAGCUUAAAUUAUAUUAAUAAAAUAACAAAAUAUGACUGAAUCUUCGAGGAAAAUGGAAGAUAUUUACGAAGAAUUUAGUAACCAAGUAGAUCGAAUUAAUUAUCUAAUUAAACAGUUCACUGAGUUAGAAGAAACGAAUGGCAAACAGAAAAAGGAUCGAUAUUACUGGAACUCACAUUUGUCUACUUUAUCGAUGAACAUUUGGGCAGGUCAGGUGAAAUAUUUGGAACUGCAAAAAAAAGAAGCUAGUCUUAAAAAAUCAAUAUCGAAGGCUACAAAUGUGAUUGAUCUUAAACAACAAGAAUUGAAAGAUUUAAUAACAAAAAGGACAACAUAUUUCACGAAACAAUGCGAUAAAUUUCGAAUUAAAGGCAUAAGGUAUACAAACAAUUUUCUGCAUGCACAGACAGAAUAUACAAAUAAAAAUUUACAUGAACAAAUUGAAGAAUUUCAAAAGCAGUAUCGACAACUGUAUAACGAAUUGCCAACGUUUACAGAAAAAUUAUCAAACCUAAAAACAAUAUCAAACUCUGAAGAAACUGAAACAGCAUUGAAAGUUAAUUUCGUUUUGACGAAUAUAACGACAAUUAAUACUUAUAAAUUAUUGCAAAUUACGUGUGCUCAAAAUAUGCUAAGAAAGCUGGAGAAUGAAAUUAAACAGAAGAAAAUGAUACUUAAUAAUGUUCAAAAUAAGUGA